AUUUGUUUGAUUACGAUUAUUGUUUAAACUAUUACAAAAACGAAAAACGUUUUUUAAAUUGCUAUUUGAUAUUACUAUUAUUUUUUUUUGUAAUAAAUAAUCAUCAUGUCUGAUGAUGAAGAUGGCGUUCAUAGAUUAUCUGGAUAUAAUCAAACCGAAGGUGGUCUAAUUGUAAGAAAAAAACCAGCUCCAGCUGAACAAUUUAAAUUUAAAGUACCUGAUGUACCUAAAGGUUCAUUGUUAGGACUUGAUAAAUUAGCUGCACAAAAGCGAUUAGAGCGUCAAGAAAUAGAAAAGUCAAAAAAGUCUGUGCUAAAACCUUUUGCAGACUUGGAUGAUGAAAAUCAAGAAAUUGAAGAAAUGGAUCAAAAUAAUUUACAUAAGCAUAAAAAUAAAAACAGACAAUAUCGUUCAGUUCAAGAAGAAACCCCUACUCAUACUGGCGGAUUAUCAAAAGAAGCAUUAAAAAAAUUAGAAAAAUUAAAACAAUCACAUCAUCGAGGUGUACAUUACUCGACCUCUAAAGAAAAAAAAGAUCAUUAUUCUAGUAGAAAAAAUUCUGAUAGAAGUGAAAGAAGAAACCAUCGUAAUGAACCUUAUAAAAAAAAGGAGCGAUAUAAUCAUCAUGAUCAUCGAUCUAGUAGAACACCUUCAAUCAGAAGGAGAGAUGAACCUUUAACACCUAAUGUUAGAAUAAAAGAUACACCAUCAAGGAUGACAUGGGAUGAAGAUGAUCAUAUGUAUUCAUAUAAUUCAUCAUCUUGGGAUAUGCCUACACCUAAAAGAAAUAUAGAUGAUGAUCCUUCUAGAACACCCAGAUUUACUCCAGCAUAUAAAUACAAUAAAUGGGACAGUCAUCGUGCUUCUGGUGCUACACCUAGACCAGGAAAAGAAAAUGAUUUGUUAUGGGCCAGCGAAACUGAUCGUGACGAGUGGGAAGAAGCACAAAACCGAUUAGAUAGGCAGUGGUACAAUUUAGAUGAAGGAAUUGAUGAAACAAAUAAUCCAUUUAGUGAUGUCAGUGAAUCUUAUGCUAAGAAAAAAGAACAACAAUUAGCCCAAAGUAAAAAAAAACGUAUGUCAGCACAACAAAGACAAAUCAAUAAAGAUAAUGAACUGUGGGAAAGAAAUCGUAUGUUGACUAGUGGUGUAGUGGUUUCAGUUGAUUUAGAUGAAGAUUUUGAUGAAGAUAAUGAAGCCAGAGUUCAUCUUCUAGUACAUAAUAUAGUGCCUCCUUUUUUGGAUGGUCGUAUUGUUUUCACUAAACAACCUGAGCCGGUUAUACCAGUCAAAGAUCCAACAUCUGAUAUGGCUAUAGUAGCUCGAAAAGGUUCAAUGUUAGUUCGAACAUUCCGAGAACAGAAGGAACGCAAACGAGCACAGAAAAAACAUUGGGAAGUAGCUGGUACGGCUAUCGGUAAUAUCAUGGGCAUAAAAAAAAAAGAAGAUGAUAAAGAUGAACGGAUUGAUGAAGAGGGAGAAACUGAUUAUAAAACAGACCAACAGUUUGCUGAACAUAUUAAAAAUACCCCAGAAGCUAGCAGUGACUUUGCUAGAAAAAAAACUUAUGCUCAACAACGACAAUACUUACCAGUUUUUGCUGCUAGACAAGAACUUUUAAAUGUUAUUAGAGAAAAUAAUAUUGUAAUUGUUAUUGGAGAAACUGGUAGUGGAAAAACUACUCAACUAACUCAAUAUCUUCAUGAAGAAGGGUACAGUAAAAAUGGUAUGAUAGGUUGCACACAACCUAGAAGAGUUGCUGCUAUGUCUGUAGCUAAACGUGUUUCUGAUGAAAUGAAUUCUAAAUUGGGUGAUGAAGUUGGAUAUGCUAUACGGUUUGAAGAUUGUACAUCUGAGAAAACUGUGAUCAAGUAUAUGACUGAUGGUAUUUUACUUCGAGAAUCAUUAAGAGAUCCAGAUCUAGAUAAUUAUAGUGCUGUCAUUAUGGAUGAAGCUCAUGAAAGAUCAUUGAACACUGAUGUACUUUUUGGACUUCUGCGAGAAGUAGUUACAAGGCGUACAGAUCUAAAAUUAAUUGUAACUUCAGCGACUAUGGAUGCUACUAAGUUUUCACUUUUUUUUGGAAAUGUUCCAACAUAUACUAUUCCUGGACGUACUUUUCCUGUUGAAGUUAUGUUUAGUAAAAAUCCUUGUGAAGAUUAUGUAGAAGCUGCUGUAAAACAAGCUUUACAAAUUCAUUUGCAACCUCAUGAAGGUGAUAUAUUAAUAUUUAUGCCUGGUCAAGAAGAUAUUGAAGUUACAUGUGAAACAUUAGCUGAUAGGUUAAAUGAAAUAGCUGAUGCUCCCCAACUGUUAGUACUUCCUAUCUAUUCACAGUUACCAUCAGAUUUGCAAGCAAAAAUAUUUCAAAAAUCUUCAGAUGGACUACGAAAAUGUGUUGUAGCUACUAACAUUGCAGAAACGUCAUUAACCGUUGAUGGAAUACGUUUUGUUGUUGAUACUGGUUACUGCAAAAUGAAAGUCUAUAAUCCUCGAAUUGGUAUGGAUGCAUUACAAAUUUAUCCAAUCAGUCAAGCUAAUGCAAACCAAAGAAGUGGUAGGGCUGGUAGAACAGGUCCUGGACAAGCUUAUAGAUUAUACACAGAGAGACAAUAUAAAGAUGAAUUAUUAAUGGGUACAGUACCUGAAAUUCAGAGAACUAAUUUAGCAAAUACUGUUUUGCUACUUAAGUCUUUAGGUGUUCAAGAUUUACUUCAAUUUCACUUCAUGGACCCUCCACCACAGGACAAUAUUUUAAAUUCUUUGUAUCAGCUAUGGGUACUUGGUGCAUUAGAUAAUACUGGUCAGUUAACAUCUUUAGGUCGUCAAAUGGCUGAAUUUCCUCUUGAUCCUCCUCAGUGUAAAAUGUUAAUAGUAUCAGCAGCAAUGAAGUGUACUGCUGAUGUUCUUAUUAUUGUAUCUAUGCUAUCAGUUCCUUCAAUUUUUUAUCGACCUAAAGGUCGUGAAGAGGAUUCUGAUAGUGUUCGUGAAAAAUUCCAAGUACCUGAAUCAGAUCAUUUAACAAUGCUCAAUGUAUACAAUCAGUGGAAACAAAAUAAUUAUUCAGCAUCAUGGUGUAAUGAACACUUUAUUCAUAUCAAAGCAAUGCGAAAAGUUCGUGAAGUGAGACAGCAACUCAAAGAUAUCAUGGUACAACAAAAAAUAGAAAUUAUAUCUUGUGGAACUGACUGGGAUAUUAUACGAAAGUGUAUAUGUUCAGCCUAUUUUCACCAAGCAGCUCGAUUAAAAGGUAUUGGUGAAUAUGUUAAUUGUCGUACUGGUAUGCCUUGUCAUUUACAUCCAACAUCAGCCUUAUUUGGAAUGGGUUUUACUCCUGAUUAUGUUGUUUAUCAUGAACUUAUCAUGACGUCAAAAGAAUAUAUGCAAACUGUAACUGCUGUUGAUGGACAUUGGUUAGCUGAAUUGGGCCCUAUGUUUUUCACUGUGAAAGAAACUGGCAAAGCUGGUUCAGCAAAACGACAAACUCUAGAAACAUUGCAGGAAAUGGAAGGUUCUAUGAGAAUAGCACAAGAAGAAAUGAAAGCACGAAAGCUUGAAGAAGAGCGUAAGCAAUUAGCAAGUAUAAGAAGGGUUGAAAUAAUUACUCCUGGUAAAAGAGAACCGGGAACUCCUUCAAUACGACGUAAACAAGGAAAUCUUGGAUUGUAAGAUGCUUUCAGUAAUGAUCUCAUUCAAAUAUUUGGAAUUGAAUUGUUAAUGAUUGAUAUAAAUAAUACAAUAUUAAUACUUAAAUUUAUUUUAUUUUUUUAAUUUAUGUAAUUAUGUACAAAAUUAUAUGAUCAUUUUUAUAAAUUAAA